AUGGCAGGAAGUCGGAGGUUCCAGGCGAAGGGCAAGAGGGUGUAUGUUGGAGACCACAAGAAGAGCGGCGGCAGCUACGUUCUGGUCAAAAAGCUUCCAGCCCGGCAGCAGUUCACUGGUGGAGCACAAGCACAGCAUGUGCAGCCCGUGUACCAGCAACAGCCACCGCAGCACUACCAACCUGGCUACCGGCCUUACAAGGGACAUCCAGCUGGGCAGCAGUUCCAGCAGAGAUCCUACCGUGAGGCUGGACUGUACCAACCACCUGCAAUCAGAUCGCAGCCGUCACGUCCAUAUCGUCGCUCUCAAGCACAGCAGCAGCGACCAGAAUCUUUUGGUUGGGGAAACUCUAAUCCGAAGGGAAGGGGAUAUGGUGGACAAAGAGGAUCGUCAAACUACAACCAGCACUUUCUGUGGCGCUGA